CAGCACUGUCUAGAAUAACGACAUUUUACGACAGUGCCGUGUGUGGAUUUUCUGUUCUCUAUAGUGAGAUACCGGCUGGAGAAACGCAGUAGCAAGAGAAUACAAGAGAAAGGGUGGUAAUCGUGCCCAAACCUGACUCUUCGUUGUUGAUAAGAACGCUGCAUCUUCUCCGGUACACAUAAAGCAAGCUGUUCAAUGUUGAAGCAGGGCUGAACAGAGUACCACGCGAGGGAAGGCAACUACAAAUUCUAACCGUGAAGUAAGUUGCCUCCCAAGCUACGCUUUAAAAGGAAAGACUACAUAAUAGAUCAAAACAACAGAGAAAAUGGACUAUGAUUUCAAAGUCAAGCUGACCGGAGAAAGAGAACGCGUCGAGGACCUGUUUGAAUACGAGGGAUGCAAAGUGGGCAGAGGCACUUACGGUCAUGUAUAUAAAGCAAAGAGAAAAGAUGGGAAAGAUGAUAAGGACUACGCCCUCAAGCAGAUUGAAGGCACUGGCAUCUCCAUGUCUGCCUGCCGAGAGAUUGCACUACUACGAGAGCUGAAGCAUCCUAAUGUGAUCUCACUGCAGAAGGUGUUCCUUUCACACGCAGACCGCAAAGUCUGGCUGCUCUUCGACUACGCCGAACACGACCUCUGGCACAUCAUUAAAUUCCACAGGGCUUCCAAGGCCAAUAAGAAGCCUCUUCAGCUGCCCAGGGGAAUGGUCAAGUCCCUGCUUUACCAGAUCCUGGAUGGCAUCCAUUAUCUACAUGCCAACUGGGUCCUUCACCGGGACCUGAAACCUGCCAAUAUCCUCGUGAUGGGGGAGGGGCCAGAGAGGGGUCGAGUGAAGAUCGCGGACAUGGGCUUCGCCCGGCUCUUUAACUCUCCCCUGAAGCCGUUAGCCGAUCUGGACCCUGUGGUAGUCACCUUCUGGUACAGGGCACCGGAGCUGCUACUAGGAGCCAGGCAUUACACCAAAGCCAUUGACAUCUGGGCUAUUGGCUGCAUCUUCGCCGAGCUGUUGACGUCCGAGCCCAUAUUCCACUGUCGCCAGGAGGACAUCAAGACUAGUAACCCGUACCACCACGACCAGCUGGACCGUAUCUUCAAUGUCAUGGGCUUCCCUGCUGAGAAAGACUGGGAAGACAUCAAGAAAAUGCCGGAGCACUCCACCCUGAUGAAAGACUUCAGGCGGAACACGUACACAAACUGCAGCCUCAUAAAGUACAUGGAGAAGCACAAGGUCAAACCGGACAGCAAGGCCUUCCACUUGCUCCAGAAGCUGCUGACGAUGGACCCGAUACGCAGGAUCACGUCAGAGCAAGCCAUGCAGGACCCCUACUUCGUGGAGGAACCCCUGCCCACCUCAGAUGUGUUUGCGGGCUGCCAGAUUCCCUACCCGAAAAGAGAGUUCCUGACGGAGGAGGAGCCGGAGGACAAGGCUGACAAAGUCCGAAAUAAAAACCAGCAGCAGCAGGGGAACAACCACACCAAUGGGGCGGGACACACUGGUAACCCUGACAACAGCCACGCCCAGGGCCCACCCCUAAAGAAGGUGCGCGUGGUCCCCCCUGUCACUACCUCAAGUGGCCUGAUAAUGACCUCCGACUACCAGCGCUCCAAUCCACACGCUGCCUACCAGAACCCAGGACCCAGCACAUCACUGCCCCAAAGUAGCAUGGGAUAUUCCUCUACCUCCCAGCAGCCCCCGCAAUACUCUCACCAGACCCACCGCUACUGACCCGCGUCCCUGGUCCACCCCAUGUCACGCCCGCCCGGGGAGAAUGUACCGAGGGAGUUGGAUGUGUCCACAGCAACAGUGUCCGCCCCCCCCACACACACA